AUGCAGGUUCUUCUACUAUUCGCCGGGAUGGAGUCGAGCGGUGGGGAUUCGUCGGAAAUCGUCCGUGAAUUGGAAGAUUUAAAGCUCCAGAAGGCGGAAAUUGAGCACCGUAUCUCGGCUCUCGAAGCAAAGCUCCAAGAGACGGCGGCGGUCGAACGGUGCGACGCCGUAUCUAACGGUCACUCUUCUCCCACAUCGCCGGCGUUUGAACACGGGCUUGACCACGGUCUAUCUCCUGAUCAGAUUUACCGUUACAGUCGCCAAUUGUUACUCCCUUCGUUUGGUGUUGAAGGGCAGUCAAAUCUCUUGAAGUCUUCGGUAUUAGUCAUUGGAGCUGGAGGGCUAGGUUCGCCUGCAUUAUUGUAUCUCGCAGCUUGUGGUCUUGGUCGAUUGGGUAUUAUCGAUCACGAUGUUGUAGAACUCAACAAUAUGCAUAGGCAGAUAAUACACACUGAAGCGUUUAUUGGUCACCCCAAAGUGAAAUCUGCUGCUGCUGCUUGUCGCUCAGUAAACUCGACAAUCGAAAUUGAUGAGUACGUGGAAGCUCUCCGCACAUCCAAUGCUUUGGAAAUCCUCAGCCAAUAUGAUAUCAUAGUAGAUGCAACCGACAAUCCUCCAAGCCGUUACAUGAUCAGCGAUUGUUGUGUCCUCUUAGGAAAGUCAUUGUCAGAAAGUAUUGACGAGUGUUUUGUAAAACAGCCUUUGGUGUCGGGUGCUGCGCUUGGAAUGGAUGGGCAGCUUACCGUCUAUAAUCACAAAGGAGGCCCUUGUUACCGUUGUCUAUUUCCAACUCCUCCACCUACAACAGCGUGCCAGAGAUGUUCUGAUAGCGGGGUUCUUGGAGUAGUUCCUGGUGUUAUUGGUUGUCUACAAGCGCUAGAGACGAUAAAACUCGCGAGCAAGGUGGGCGAACCACUCUCUGAACGGAUGCUUCUUUUUGACGCUUUAUCAGCAAGGAUCCGCAUUGUCAAGAUCAGAGGCAAAUCAGCUCAGUGCACAGUUUGUGGAGACAAUUCAUCUUUCAGUAAGCAGCUCUUCAAGGAUUUUGACUAUGAGGACUUCACGCAGUUUCCUCUAUCUGCGGGCCCGUUGAAGCUACUUCCUGCAGAAUCAAGAAUCAGCAGCAAGGAGUUCAAAGAAAUCCUUCAGAAGAAGGAAGGUCAUGUUCUUCUCGACGUUCGACCUUCUCAUCACUAUAAGAUUGUCUCUCUCCCUGAUUCACUCAACAUCCCUUUUGCAAACUUGGAGGCUCGGUUAAACGAGCUUACUUCAGCUCUGAAAGAAAAGGAAGAUGGCCAUGUUAACACCGGUUCUUGCACAAAUCCGAGCGUCUACGUUGUUUGCAGGCGCGGGAAUGAUUCACAGAGAGCUGUUCAAUAUCUUCGUGAAUCGGGUUUCGAUUCAGCUAAGGAUAUAGUCGGAGGACUGGAGGCUUGGGCAACUGAUGUCAACCCCAACUUCCCCACUUACUAG